GAGAGAGAGAAGAUCUAUUAUAGAACCCUCCUCCUGCCUGACUAUAAGUGUGCAGCUCAACAGGAGUGGGUCUAGAUGGACAGGAUGCACUCCUCGUGCUGCUCCUCUGCCAGGAAACAGACACUCACGGUGCUGUGUGUUCAGAUCUUGUAUCUGGCAGCCUCAGAAGCAGCCAUAAGCCGCUGUGGCUCAGAUCUCAUCGAGGAUCUCAAAUUUGUGUGUGGGGAUCGAGGAUUCAGCUUCGCUUCAGGGAGUAAAAGAUACGGUCCUCGAUCUAGAGGGACGGGCAUCGCUGAUCAGUGCUGCCGUCCUGCCGGCUGUAACCUUCACGUUCUGGAGCAGUACUGUGCCAAACCAAAGAUCCUGCAGCAGCAAAGCACAGCAUCACCAGCUACGACCACCGCUGCACACUCAACCACACAGUCAAAUAUGAAGCAGCAGACUGAAGCAAUAUUUCUCAGGACGCUUUUAGGCCACCUGAGGUUUCCCAACAGUCAGAAGAAGAAGGCUUUAAGAAACAAAGCACAGCCCGGAGGCAAAGACAGAGGGUCAUCGACACCCAACAGACGUCCACUGCGUCCAACCCAGGCUCCGGCUAAAGAGAAUGCAAGCAGAUUUAAAUCGUGACCUAUAAUCUUUUAUAAAAUGUACAAGUUUGCAAUGACUGUGUAAGAGUCAGCGAGAAAAAAGUCAGUUUCCGGCAGACGUAUUCAAUAUGGCUGCAUAGGUACAAAGUGGACUUCUCGCCCCAAACCUAAAUUCACGUGGGUCAGAUCUGCACACAAACCCAUAGAAGGUCCACCUUUUGGCGCACUUCACAUUCACUUUCACCUUCAGUGCCUUAUUAGUGACCAGUAACAUGUUAUCAUCACUGUACGAAGCUCCACAAACACCAAGACAGUUUGUAUAUGUGCACAUCUGUGAAUGUCUGUCAUUCUGGUCAUGAAAAGUUUAACAAAAAAUUAUUCAGUGUUUUUUGUUGAUAUGAGACUGUGAGAAAAGACACUUGUUUAAGUUCUUGUCAAAGGUAAUAACUCAUAAGCCACAGCUAAUGCACCAAAAUCUAUUUUCCAUUUGUUUAUUUCUUCAUAAAGCCUGUGAUUGUAAUGAAGAGUCACUUACUGCCUCUGUUUACAUGCAGUGACACUGGUCUAGCACUUUGACGGAACAUGUAGCUGUGUUACUCACAAAAAGGCUGGUUGUACUCGUGUUCUUUUAUUUAGUUAGACCAUGUACUGAAUUUUUGUACGUUUUCUAGAACUGAUUGUAUUUCAUUGUUUUCUUCUAUCCAAUUCCAUGUUGUUGUUUUUGAAAGCUUUAUAUACCAGAAAUCUAUUCCUUAUUUAUUUCACUGUGAUUUUGUUAAAUAAAUCUUUUCAAAGCCUCACUGUUCACUUGGUGUCAUGAAUUUAUUCCAAGUCUUUGAUGAG